AUGGUGUUGCAUCGUAAUGGGCUGUCAAUUGCCAAGACGGAUUCCUCCGUUUCCCUCCCACUCAAGUCACCCCCUCUUUCAGGCCCGAGUUCCUCCCUGGAAGACAGUCGGCAGCAGACCCGACCUCCCCGCCCGUCCCGCUCCGCCCCGCCUAGCUUUCCAACGAGUCGAAGGGCCCGGUCCCUGCCUCCCCCAAAACCAGCGCCCGGUCACCAAGCCGGUCUCCCCGCCGCCCAUGCCACUUCCUCGACGAGUCUCGCCCACCCAGCUCUCGUGAUUCUGCUGCCUGAGCUGCUGCCUCCGCCCUUUCCAGUCCCUAUCCCUGCGUUUCACUUUGUCCCAGUUCCACGCCCUGCCCUAACCUCCGUCGAGGAAGCGCCCUACUUCUCUAACCCGGCGCAGGGCGAUGUUGUGACUCGGCAGGAUAAGAAUGCAGAUAAACCGGGUUAUUCCGCUUCAGGAGAAGGCGAGGGAGGGAAUGACACGCUCAGUGGUUCUGCCGUUUCUUCUCCUUCACCUUCGUCAGCUUCUUCCCCCCUUCCUUCGCUUUCAUCCGUCGAAACGCCCUUCAGUCCUUUACCUCUCUCACCUCUUCUCGUCCGUUCUUCUUCGUCCUCUUCCGCACCGAACUUGCCGUCCUCCUCGCCGGGUUUUCCUCCCGAAGAUAUAGAACCCAGAGUAAACCCGAUUGCAUUCCCCUCGCCGGACGACCCCAAACUCUUCGAAUCCUUAUCCAAAGACCGGAUUAUCUUCCCCUCGACCACCGAAAAGGCCAUCAGUUUCCCCUCUCGGAACUCCCCACAACCUCCCUCCGUUACACCCUCACCCCCCUUCACUAACGCUACUGUGGUUCCGACAGUGGCCGUCGUGUCAGAAAAUAACACGGACAUCCGAGUGAGCAUCAUCGCCCCCCACCGACCCUGCACGAGGCUGUGCCAGUAUCCCGCGGGGGCCGGGGUCUGCCUCACGGACUUCACCUGCAUCAGAAAUAUCAACUUUCUGCGCAUUCGCCCGCAGGCGGUGAAGAACGAGUGA